AGUUGGCGCAGUCGCUCGCCGCGUUUUAUGCAACCAGUCUUGCUUCGGAGCGAGUGAAUCUACUGCUCCAGCCUUUGACAGACGAGGAAAGUGUGUGUAGUGACAUCAGUGUCUGUCUGGCCGCUUCUCACUGAUCGGUCUUGUUAAUUCUACGACCGACUGCUCCAUAGAAGCAACCGAUUCGGCCAGAUCCGGUUUUCUUCGUGCUUGAGUCAGGAUACGACCGUGUAAUCGUCUGUAUUACGUAUUGUCGUUAGUUGUGUAUGCUGUCUUUGCCGGCGAUAGUAAAGCAAAGCUUAAAGGCGUCGAUUGUGUAUUGGGCACCCUUGCCAUCGUGGAAAAUAUUACAUACGGUUUAAUAAUAUAACUCAGCUAUACGGUUGUAGACUCGCGUGUACUGAUCGCAGAGUGCCAGUGCAACGAUAAUCGGGCGUGCUACACGGGUGUAUUAUCCAUGGCUGUGUACAUAUAUAUGUGUGUAUGUGCGUAACGUGCGCGUAGAGGAAAACGAAUACGUUGCUGUCGGUGGAAGAGAGAGAUAGAAGGAGUGAGGAGGGUGGGAGAACGAAGGCGGCCGUGAAUCCACGAUACGCGGCUACGUUCACGCCGCCGCGUAUUCCACACGGCACGACACGAAACACAACAGCUCCGUCGGCUUAGGCUACGAGAGGAGAAAGACGUAUAUCUGCACACCUUACGAAUUAUUACGAAUUCGCAUAGCUUUGACGCGCCUUUUGGCGCGUAUAUCAUCCUCGUUCGGUCGACUUCUUCGACCUCCUCGUCGCUAUUAUGGCGGACGACGAGGUUCUCUUCGAUGAGGUUUACGAGCUCUGCGAGAUUAUCGGCAAGGGACCAUUCAGCGUCGUAAGGAAAUGCAUCCACAGGCAGACAGGGCAGACGUUCGCCGUAAAAAUCGUGGACGUGGCAAAGUUCACAUCCAGCCCCGGUCUAAGCACGAACGAUUUGAAACGAGAGGCCACGAUAUGCCAUAUGUUAAAACAUCCCCAUAUAGUAGAGUUAUUAGAAACAUACAGCUCGGAGGGUAUGCUCUAUAUGGUGUUUGAAUAUAUGGAUGGCUCUGAUUUAUGCUUCGAGGUCGUCCGGAGAGCAACUGCUGGAUUCGUGUACAGUGAAGCGGUGGCCAGCCAUUACAUGCGACAGAUCCUGGAGGCGUUGCGCUACUGCCAUGAGAACGACAUAAUUCAUCGUGAUCUAAAGCCCCAGUGCGCCCUCUUAGCCGGCAAGGAAAAUUCCGCACCGGUAAAGCUACGCGGUUUCAGCGUCGCCGUGCAACUCCAGUCGUCCCAGGCAAACGGCGUCGGGUUGACGUCUCCGAGCUGCAAUUUCCCUUUCGAGGACCUGACCGACGCCGAGGAUUCGCUAGUGAGCGAUACGGAGGACAAUAUCGGUCGUGUUGGGUGUCCACACUUCAUGGCGCCGGAAGUGAUCCAGCGGAGACAGUACGGGAAGCCUGGUGACGUCUGGUCAGCCGGAGUACUACUUCAUGUCCUAUUAACCGGUACACUUCCAUUCGUCGGCUCUCGAGAUAGACUGCGAGAUGCAAUUUGCAGAGGACGAGUACAGAUGGAGACACCAUUGUGGGACAAUAUUAGUGAACCAGCGAAGGAUCUCAUACAAAGAAUGCUCACAACGGAUGUAAAUCAUAGGAUUACCAUACAAGAAGUGCUGAACCACAAAUGGCUUAGAGAUCGUGAUAAGGGUGUGGCCCGAAUACAUUUAGCUGAAACUAUAGAAGAGCUUAAGAAAUUCAAUGCGAGACGAAAAUUGAAAGAUGCUGUGAAAGCGGCGAUUUCGUCCUCCAAAUGGCACAUCCCGUAUUCGGAAAUUAACGGUGACAGCUUUUUCGAUAUAGGAGAUGAUGAAGUUAUAACCACAGGUGCUGUAGCUGAAAUUAUAGACUCUCUCGAUGAUAUUGAAGUACUUCAAGAGAGUGGAAGACUGACGCGUGCUGAGAUACUUAAUGCAGUUGAUGAUUAUCGUCUUCGAGCUAUUUUAGAGCUUUACGAUAGGAUUUCGACUCGAGUUCCAACGCCAUGUCGAGCGCCACAGACGGACGCAGUUCAGCGUGCGCGAGAGGUCGAAGAACUUCUUCGAGAAAUAGAGCAUUCAGCAAUACGAAACAUCGAUAGGGCGGAUCUUCGAGAGCUCCAUGAACUUUUGGUCCAGCCACACAUGAGGGCGCUUUUGCAAGCACAUGACGUAGCGGGACAUGAAGUUUAUGGCGAAGAAGCCACCAGAGUUACACCACCUCCUCUUCUCCCCUAUCUAAACGGAGGCGACGAUCUCGAGGGACAGAACGGUGAUUUGGACCUGGAAAAUGUAACACGCGUCAGGCUGGUCCAAUUCCAAAAGAAUACGGAUGAGCCAAUGGGAAUCACUUUAAAAAUGAACGAAGAUGGAAAAUGUGUGGUAGCACGAAUUAUGCACGGCGGCAUGAUACACAGACAAGCGACCCUUCACGUGGGUGACGAGAUCAGAGAAAUUAAUGGGAUACCGGUGGCCAAUCAAUCUGUCAAUGCCUUGCAAAAGAUACUCCGGGAAGCACGAGGUUCGGUGACCUUCAAAAUCGUGCCAUCGUACAGGAGCGCGCCACCCCCCUGUGAGGUACAAUUGUUCAGGAUUAAGCCUCUGCCAGUGUUAAUAUUCGUUCGAGCACAAUUUGACUAUGAUCCGCUGGAGGACGAGCUGAUACCGUGCGCCCAAGCCGGAAUCGCGUUCAAAACCGGCGACAUCCUGCAGAUCAUCAGCAAGGACGAUCAUUAUUGGUGGCAAGCGCAGAAGGAUAACGCGGCCGGUUCCGCGGGGUUGAUACCUUCGCCUGAACUUCAGGAACGACGUAUCGCUUACAUGGCAAUGGAAAAGAACAAGCAAGAACAAGAUGCUGAAGGAGAAGGAGGAUGUUCUUCUCACACCGAAGGCUGCGACGGUUCGACAGUGAAUUGCUCAAUAUUUGGCCGGAAAAAGAAACAGUACAAGGAUAAGUAUCUCGCAAAACACAACGCAGUAUUUGACCAGCUGGAUCUGGUCACCUACGAAGAGGUCGUUAAGCUUCCCUAUCCUGCAUUCCAACGGAAAACAUUAGUAUUACUGGGAGCACACGGUGUUGGUCGUCGUCAGAUAAAAAAUACCAUUAUCGCGAAGCAUCCUGAUAAAUAUGCCUAUCCUAUUCCACAUACAACGAGGCCUCCACGGAACGACGAAGAGAAUGGUCGCAAUUAUUACUUCAUAUCGCACGAUGAAAUGAUGAACGAUAUCCAUUCCAAUGAAUACCUCGAAUAUGGUACACACGAGAACGCAAUGUACGGAACGAAGCUCGAGACGAUCCGCAAAAUUCACGAAGAAGGAAAGGUGGCGAUAUUGGACGUCGAGCCCCAAGCCUUGAAAGUGUUACGUACAGCAGAGUUCGCGCCUUAUGUAGUUUUCAUCGCUGCUCCAGUGUUCGAAAAUAUCACCGAUUGCGACGGAAGCCUGGCAAGACUGGCGAAAGAGUCUGACUCGCUGAAGCAAGCGUACGGUCACUUUUUCGACCUGACCAUCGUGAACAACGAGAUAGACGAGACGAUCGCGCAACUGGAGGCGGCCAUCGAGCGGGUACACACGACACCCCAAUGGGUACCCGUGUCCUGGGUCUACUGACAGCGAACCUCGCCAAUUAGGCAGAUCACUAACUGCAAUGGCUCGUCGAACGUGAAACAGUGAUCAUCGAAUCGCGAUCCACCGAACGACCGGUCCGUUUGCGAUCGUUUUAAUGCGGCAACGAUAAUCUUCUCGACGUCGUGCGCCUUUAACAAUUCACGGUGUUCGUGGGGGAUUAGUAUCGUGGCCGUUUCGAGGCGGACAGCCGCGUAUAAACACGUCGGACCAAUCGAACGAACGAAUUUACCGUCAAUUCUUCGAUCGAUCAACAGCACGAUAUCGACUGGAACGCGUGACUUUGGCCGUGUGUUCAUCGACUUUUUUCAUUACUAUUUAAUUAUUCUAAUUAUUAUUCGAUCGCCGUUAUUGUUAUCAAGCGGAGAGUGGCGAAGAGACGAAACUGUUACAUCACCGAGGCGUAUAAAUACGACAAUCAAAAAAAAAAAAAAAAAAAAGAAAGAAGAAAAAAAAAUAACAAUAAAAGGAAGAAAGGCAGAGAGAGAACAGGCAUUUCGAUUUCGAUCAUUAUUAAUAAGCUCCAUAGGAUUAUAUAUAUUUGCUGCUUCCUCGAGAUAAAUAUAAGCAAUACGAUUUCCACGAUGUAAUCUAUCGUCUCGGUUAGAUACAUUCAACGAGUUUUAAUUCAAAUUAAAAAAAAAAAACCGAAGUUCAUUUCCCCGCGAAUUAUUACUUAUACACUCUCGAUCGCGCAGUUUUCUCUCUCACCCUCUUCGCGCGUUCUUCCGCUUCUCUAUUUCAUUUUUCUCUCCAUCUUAUCUCUCUCUCUCUCUCUUUCUCUCUCCAUUCCGUCAUCUUGUUUCUUGCAUUUUUCCUCCAAUACAUUCCUCGCGCCACGUUUUUUAGCGCGCGUACACGAAUUUAUCGCUAGUUUCGUCAGUCUGUACGGUCUGUGCGAUAACAAUGGUAAACGA